AUGGAGAAUGCCGGAGUAAACCUAUACACAACAAGACGAGUGAUUUCAAGAAAACUGAUUUCUCUUAUUUUGGUUAUUGGAGUUAUAUGCAUUGCUCACAUAUGUUCGCUUUUUCUAAUUUUUUUUACAGACCCUGAUAGUGACUUUUACAUACACGAGUACGAGUCUGGAAUAACCAUAGUUUGCCACGCCAACUUUAUUUCAUCGUACGCCCUUAUUGCAAUUCAGGGGCUUUUGGAGAGGGACAUUUUUCAGGUUAUGUUCUCAACAAUUUUUGCAAGCAUUCUCUCCGUGCUGCAGAUGAUUGUGUCCUUCAGGAUGUCGAUCGAGCUGUUCUCGGCUAUGUACAUUUCCUCCACGGUGCUGUUGGUGCUGUGCGGAUGCGUUGUCGUGGGAAUCAUCUGCUUCACAAACGAGCUGCGCGCGGAAAUCGGGUGGUUCUACUACAAGUCGUACGGCGCCAGCUAUAACACGCGGAAGGCCAUAGAAAGAUCGACCUCCACAUUCUUCAAGCUAAACAUACAGUUCUUUGUCUCGUAUUUCAUAUACAUGUACAUGCAGGGAGCAUACCUGUGGAUCACCCUGACUGUAGGCGCCAUGUACGCGAUUCUUAUAGUCCUCAAUGUUAUUAAGCAAAUGAAGGGAAACAAUGUUUUAAUACAGAUCGGCACAAUUUUAAUGACCUCUUUCAUUCUAGCUUACUACGUAGGAAAAAAAGCCUUUCCAGACCUUCUUUCAAGCAGGAACUACGAAACACCCUCAGAACAGGGCUUAGAAAACGCGUACAGAAUAUUGGAAGUGGGAAUACGCCUGGCGGUUAUAGGUAUAUACCUUAUUCUCUUGCUGAUAGAGCUGGUCUACAUAAAAACAGGAUGGGGGAAAAAGGCGAAAGAAGACAGAAAGAGAAUGAUCAUAUGA